AUGGGUACCCUUGAACAAUCUGCGCCCGGGAAUGAGCCCAUCAACCCGUGUUUCAGACCCGGGCAGAGGGUGCACGCCGCGGGUGACGUCCGGAGAAUCGGAACGGUGAAGUACAUGGGACCCUUGGAAGGCCACUCGGGGAUAUGGGUCGGAGUUGAUUGGGACAAUGACGGUGACGGCAAGCACGACGGCUCUCACAAUGGGUUCCGGUAUUUCCAAGCUAGAGGCCCCAAAACCGGGUCAUUUGUCCGCCCCGGCAAGCUGAGCUCCGGGAUCACGCUUUUAGAAGCCCUUGAACUUCGAUAUAAGAGCACUUCCACUAAAGAAGAAGAAGACGAGAUGUAUGUGCUUUCUGCAACUAAUAGACGGGUAUCGGUUGAGAUUCUUGGUAGAGAAAAGAUUCAAAGCAUGGUUAGCAACUUUGAGGACAUGACUGGAGCAUCACUAGCUUUUUUGGGAGUCAGCUCUCCCGGACCUUUGGGCACUCUUGUUUCAACUCUACCAAAUUUGAAGGAGCUUGAUUUGAUGGGAAAUCUGCUUUCUGACUGGAAAGAUGUUGGCAUCAUCUGUAAAGAGCUAGCAGUGCUUGAAGUUCUCAAUCUCUCCUACAAUUUGAUGUCUCACGAUGUAACUGGAUUUCCCAAGCUGAAUAAUAUCAGGGUUUUAGUGUUAAACUUUACUGGCAUAAGCUGGAAUCAGGUUGAAGCACUUAAAGAGUCCAUUCCACACUUAGAGGAGCUUCAUCUGAUGGGAAACCAUUUGCAAGAAAUUACGCCAUCAUCUUCCAUCAACGUAGAAGGAUUUGAUUUUCUGCGCCUUCUUAACUUCGAAGAAAAUUGCUUUGCUGAUUGGAAUGAAAUUCUGAAGCUUUCGCAGCUGAAAAGCUUGGAGCAGCUUCUUUUAAAUAAGAAUAAUCUAGAUUGCAUAUGGUACCCAGAAUCCGAUGCAUUAGGUGAAGAAGCUACUUUUAGACCUUUCGAGAAGCUGUCUUGCCUCCUCAUUGGAGGAAACAACAUCAAGGAUCUAACUUCAGUUGAUUCACUGAAUCAUUUUCCAAACUUGAUGGAUGUCAGACUAUCUGAGAAUCCAAUAACAGACACCACAAAAGAUGGUGUCCCAAGAUACGUUUUGAUUGCACGCUUAGCAAAUAUUAAAAUUCUGAAUGGAAGCCAGAUUAGUCAACGGGAGAGGAAGGAUUCUGAGAUUAGGUAUGUUCGACUAGUUAUGAUGAAGAGUAAUGCUAACCUGGAAGAUAUUUCGCGGCUACAUCCCCGGUUUUCCGAGCUUAAAACAAUCCAUGGAAUUGAUGAAGUGAGGGCUCCAAUUGGCAGGGCUGGGCCUCAGAAAAUGUCAUCUGGGCUUAUAUCCAUCAACCUGAAGUGCAUCGGGCCUACAAUUGGUGAAAAGGCCCCCUUGACAAAAAAGCUCCCUCCUACGACGACAGUUGGCAAGCUGAAGAACUUGUGUGAAAGCUUCUUCAAGUUGUAUUCCAUAAAGCCAAAAUUGUUUCUUCAAGAAGAGUUUCAAUCCACAUCUCCAGAGGUAGAUGCUUUACCUACCUAUCAGGAUUUGACCAUAGUCCUUGACCCGCAGGGCUGCCCUUUACCAACAUUACUUGAUGACGAUAUGGCAUCUUUGAUUGACAUUGGAGUAGGCAACGAGUCCACCAUCCUGGUUGAUGAAGAAAACUAA